CACUGCCGCUCACCAAAAUGGCGGCGCCCGUGAAAAAAAUUCCGUCCGUCAGAUGUGUGAUGGAAAGUAUGAAAAUACUUGUUUCUCCGGACCAAGGAUCAACAGGUAUAAAUGAAGCCCAGGACCAAGCUACCAGGUUUGACGCCACCUUGUCAUCCAACAUCGAGCAGUUUCACACAGCUUUGAAGAAGGACAGCAAAUAUGAAUCUCUUCUCAGACUCGUACAAGAACUUGAACUCUCAGUUCAAUCAGACGAUAUCAGAUACAAGUUCACACUUGAGUGUUUGAGGCUGAUCAAGUGUCUCAAGAUUGCCAUGGUUGAGGCCAUGAAAGAGUUUAGCAAAUCACAAGACAAAAGCACUGAGGAUGGCCAAUCAGCACCAAGGACUGGGGGCAAGAGCCAAUCAAGAGUCAGGCAAGAUGAUGUAGCUCCUCCCCUUUCACCUGACACUCUGAGCGUUGCCCAGCAGAAUACACUUUCCACAGCUCUGCAGUUUGUUGUGUCCCUUGGGAUCUGUCCCAAUCUGCUCCAAGGAGUAGGCAUACCCUUGGAAAAGAGGUCGAGCUUUGGAAAUAUGCUGCAGACUUCACAAGAAGACAAGGACUCUUUAUCAGAGAAAACCAUCAAGCUUUAUACUGUGCUUGACAUUCUACUGGAUUGUGUUGAGCAGCCUUCUCUUGGAAGUAAGAUUUUGUCAAGGUAUUUUGUAGAUAUGUUGUCAGCCCUCAUCCAAAUUUGCUAUGGCCCGAGGCCUAAGUUGUGUGCUGCACACAAAGACUUGGCUACAAGUAAAGCAGAGCAUAGCAAAGGUACAAGCUCUGAAAAUGAUCAGCAAAGCUCAAAAGGGGCCACAAAUUGCAACAGUUCUGGAGAAGGAAAACAGGAGACUGAUGGGGAAAUGACCAGGGAAAGCAAAGGACAACUCGAAGUAGCUUCAUCAACGGAAGUGACCCCUGAAAUGUAUGAACAAUGCAGAUCCCAUCUUCAUAGGCUACUAGAGAGGAUGUACCAGCCUCUUGUGGUGAGAGAACUUUUCAUUCUUCAGGGAGGAUCAGGUGGUGUGAGAGGAUUGAAAGGAAAUCUGUCUCUCUCCUGGCUGAGGAAGGCCUGUGGUCAGCUACUAUCAGAGAGGCUGAUGAGACCUGGUGGGAUGGAGGCUGUAAUGAUGGGAUAUCUUGCAGGGGGAAUGCCAACCACAGGAAUGCCCCAGGAUUCAGUGGAGUGGAAGAAGUGUGAAGCAGUGGCCAAGCUUAUUGCUACCUGUCCACAACAUGCCACAUCUAAGGAGGCCUACUACAAGUUCAUCUCUCAAGAGAUCCUGUUUCUGAUCCAUCUAUCAAACGAUAAGGUGCUGGAACCUGCUUUACUCAGGGUUGCCUCUGUUGCCAUGGCAACCAUUGUAUCUCAGCACCCUUUGCAGGCUGAGAAGUAUUUGCUGGACCCUCUGCUGCAGCCACUUCUUGUCACCAUAAAGGUUUCAGACCAACAAACAGAUAACCCAGUGAUAGUUGAAGAUUCAUCCCUGACCAAGUGCAUAGUGAAUGUUCACAAGGUGUUUGUGUUGGGAAGUGAACCCGGGUCACGUCUGGUGGUGAGCUUAAGUCCUGUCAUCCACCCACUGUUCCAGCUGCUGUGUUUCACCAGGAGAGGGGUGUCACAUCUCAGGUCCAGAGUUGAAGAGAUACUAGUUAGCUUCCUGAGGGGAGUGGACAUAGAGACUGGCUGUAGGCACCUGUGGCACAUCUCCAUCCCUGGUGAAGGGUCCGAUCUGCCUGCCAUGAACAGCAGCCUGCAGUUUGCUCCAGGGCCAGCAGGAGGUGCUGUUGUUUUGAAGUGUUCAAGUGAGGUACAGCUUCCUUCACUGACAGACCCAGAGACAGAAGACAACAUGGCUGCAGCCUGCAUGUGUGACCUUCUGGAGAAGUUAGAAACUGACAAGACGCCAGGAAACUUCUUUGUCACUGUUCUCAAGGAGCUGACAGCAAUCAUGUCCUCCAGUCCUGGGGUAACCCUGCAGCCCAGGCCUGGUGUUGAUGAAGCUGGUGCUCUGUUGGAGAUAGAGGAGAGAGAAGCAGCCUUACAGGCACAAGCUGCCAGGGGCAUGGCCAUUCUGCAGCUGUUAGGUGCCAUGUGUGAAAGGCUAGGACCGUCAGUUCUGAGAAGUACAGAACACGUUUUGCAGUUUGUUGCUGCCACCUUGCAGAGGGGAUGUGAACUGCAGCUGGAAGGGACCUGUCCCAAGCAGACAGGCCUGGACACAGAUGAAACACUGUGUCUGGCUAUGGGGCUUACAGCUGCUGUCAUGGGAGGGGCAAUGGAGGUAAAAGAAGACGAUAAACAACACUUUGAACUGAUGUUGCCAUGGUUGGAACAGCUGAGAAACAGACAUGCUAACCCAGCAGUGCAGGAGAUGGCAGAGGACCUUCUGAUCGCCAUCAGAACUCACUGUGCUGUAGUCAUGGAUACGCUGGACUCUUCUGUCAAGGACCUUGCUCAAAAGGCUGCUCAGGCAGCACAAAGAGAUAAAGAAAGACCAGCAACAAGCAAGAGUGAAAAAGCUCCUCCAGCAAGCAAGUCUUCAUUGGAUGUUAGAGAUGCGACAGGAAACCAAACUACCGGUAGCAGGUCAAAUGAAAAUGUCGAAAACAAGGCAGAGGAAGGCACAGUACAGGAAAGCACUGACUAUGAUGAGGCCUUAGCCCUUGUCAAUCACCCAAUGGUUCCUAUGAAGGGACAUGGACUCAUAACUCUGUCCUCUCUGUUAGAAAAGAAGGACUCCAAGGCCAUGGCUGAAAAGGAAAGACUUCUCAAAGUUUUUGAGGAAAAUUUGGACCACGAGGACUCCUAUAUUUACCAGGCCUCCAUACGUGGUCUGGCAGCCUUAGGUUCUCAUUUUCCUGAAGUUGUGAUUCCUGAGAUCUGUGACCAGUUUGCUAACUUCAGGAAGGAAGGAAAGAAGAAUAAGAGACGUACAGAAGACAGGAUGAAGCUGGGGGAAAUCCUCACCAAAGUCACUCGUUCACUAGGAAGUUUGCUUCCCCACUACUCCCAGCCCCUGUUGGCUGCCCUGCUGUGUGGUGUAAGGGACCCUGACACACAUGUCCGUGCCAGUAGUCUCGCCAACUUGGGUGAAGUCUGCCAUCUCCUGAAGUUUUCCAUAGGACCCAUUAUUCAUGAGAUCUUUGCGUGCUUGAGUGGUGUGUUGAGCAGCGACCCUGAGGCCACAGUGAGGAAUGCAGCAGUGACAGUUGUGACUCAGCUGCUCAGGGGGCUUGGUGUAGAUGCCAUCAAGGUGCUGGAUGCAGUAUUACGAGACUUGUACCGGCUCCUCAAGCACACAGCACAAGUAGAGAAGGAUGACACUACCAAGACACAUGUCUACAUAGCACUGGAGGAGUUAGACACCAUCAUGAAAGACUUCCUCUUCCCAAAACAAACUCUUGAGAAAAAGAUAACCGUUUUGCCUUAGAAUGGUAAUGUUGUCUUCAGAUGGACAGAAGAGUCAUACAUUGUACUUACAUUUGGUGAAAUAAUGCAAGUGUGAGUGUGAGUGUGAAUGCAAGACUCUAAAACAAACAUUGUACAUUUCUUAACACUUAAACAUUUUAUUACUCCUUCCUGCAAGACAUAUAAAAAUAGUAACACAUUAUUGUACUAAAACAAAACUUGUCACUAAUAUGAAAUAACACUUUAGU